CGAGUUUAUUUAUGAGAUCACUUCUCUGAGAUUCGUACCAGCCAAAGUUGUCAAAUAAGGUAGCGCUUGAGAGAAAAGAAGAAAACGAGAAAGAAAGAGAGAGAAAACCAAUGCGUAUAUGAGAAGCAAAUCGGCGUUUAUAGCGCAGCGCUAAUACAUCGCAGUGCACAGUGCACACAUCAAGAUUGUUGCAUUUUGCACGGCAAGCAAGGCUCGACACACAUCUCGGCCGCCGCGCGACGACGUCUCUCGACACACCCUAUCCCGCAGUUUCAGAGCUUCCAAGUCUAUAUCUAUGUAAAUGUGUACACAAGUUGCGACCGGCUCGAAAAGCAAUCGCUGCUCGAAUGGAUCGACGUAAAAAUAAAGACCACAUAGGAUAUUCGAUAAUUUCGAUUGUUGAGUGUUGACUGCUAAGGCAGCUACCGUGUGGCGUGUACAUCUUAGCAUCAUCGAAAGUCAUCGAGCAGCUCUCGAUAAGCAUUGCGUGGAUAACGAUAACAACUAGGAGCUUGCUCUGCGGCUUUUCGUGAUUUUCGCAUCCAAACGCCUUACAGGCCUCCAACUUGCUCAACAUGACCGAACAACAAAUGGACUGUGCUUUGGACCUUAUGCGUAGGCUACCACCACAGCAUAUUGAAAAAAAUCUUAAUGAUCUUAUUGAUUUGGUUCCCUCACUUUGUGAAGACUUACUAUCAUCUGUUGAUCAACCAUUGAAAAUUGCAAAGGAUAAAGAAUCUGGAAAAGAUUACUUACUUUGCGAUUAUAACAGGGAUGGAGAUUCUUACCGAUCACCUUGGAGUAAUACUUAUGACCCUCCAUUAGAAGAUGGGUCAAUGCCCUCAGAGAGAUUACGAAAACUAGAAAUUGAUGCGAAUCAUGCUUUUGACCAGUAUCGAGAGUUAUAUUUUGAAGGUGGUGUAUCUUCUGUAUAUUUGUGGGACUUAGAUCAUGGUUUUGCAGGUGUUAUAUUAAUAAAGAAAGUUGGUGAUGGUUCGAAAAAAAUUAAAGGAUGUUGGGAUUCUAUUCACGUUGUUGAAGUUCAGCACAAAUCUUCAAGCAGAUAUGCACAUUAUAAACUUACUUCUACUGCCAUGCUUUGGCUGCAGACAAAUAAGCAAGGAUCAGGCACUAUGAAUUUAGGUGGCAGUCUUACUAGACAGGUUGAACAAGAUUCGUUAGUCAGUGAAACUUCUCCACACAUCGCAAAUAUCGGCCGCAUGGUUGAAGACAUGGAAAACAAAAUACGUAACACUUUGAAUGAAAUAUAUUUUGGCAAGACAAAGGAUAUUGUUAACGGUUUAAGAUCAGUACAACCCUUAUCUGAUCAAAGGCAGCAGGCCGCUUUGCGACAAGACUUGGCGGCAGCGUUACAGAGGCGAAAUGCCAACAAUUGAUCCUCCGAAAAAUCCGAAAAUUUUAAAGAUGACGACUGUGAAUAGAGGAGAGUAAAGAAGAAAAAAAUUACAAAUCAAUUACGACUUAAGGUCUUGCACAGCUUAAUGCGCUAAACUUUGUUAUUACAUGUAGGGUAAAAAUAAACAGAGAGAGAGAGUUGAAGUCUAUUAUUGAGCCCCUCCAAAAGUGCUCAAAAAUAUCGGUUUUUUUCAUAAAAAAAAACUCAUUAAUAAAUAAAGCGAAUAAUAUUUAUAUUGAAACAAAAAUGCAUUUUGUUACAAAAUUCCUCUUGGGAGUUUUCAUCUGUUUUUACUGUAAGAUAAACCAAUUAAAAUUGAA